AUGAUCAAGGAGCUCGCUCUGAGGCUCCAACAAAACGGCAUUCCCGCUCUCUUCAUAACGUUCAACGAGUUUACCAAGCCGAGUGUCUUUGAGCUCGACAACAAGACACCACUGGAGUCCAUUGGCCUGCGAAUAGCCUGGGCUACUGCGACACCUGAGGCUCUCGAGAGAGUGGCAAAGGCGUCAGACAAUGCAGCCGCCGACCUGACAUGGACCGACUGGGUCGAAAACGUGUCGGUCAGCUCCAGGAGCAUCGAGGAAUGGCUCGGCACCCACCCUCUUGCGCUCUUCGUCGAUGAGCUCAACCUGCGCAUCCCCGAAGACACCGACUUCGAGAAAGUGCCGUCAGCAAAAGACUUCGAUUUCUUCGUCACCAACAAUUUCCUCAACAAGCGUCACCGUUGCUUCGUGUUCUCGAGCCACAUCUUCACACUGGGGGACAAUCUCGAGAAGUACUACUACAAGUUCGGCGGCCGCAGGGUCUUCCGGCCAGAGACUCCAAGAGUCCAGAAGCUGCCCGAUGUGACCGAGAGCCGCCUCUGCCCAGACGUGCAUGCCGGUUUCGUGUGCUGGACCGGCCGGGCACCAUCGUUGCUGGCGCUCACGUAUUCCGAAGAGCCACCUGCCCCCGACGAGGUCAAAACGCCCUUCCGCAAAGCCAAGCGCCCUCCUCUCAACGCAGCCCUUGCCCAAGAUGUGGUUCGAACAGCCGUCGAGGGCGACGUCGAGCGGGCGGGUGGUCUGGGGACGUGGUCGCGCUUCAUCGACGUCUUUGACUCGUCGUGUGUGUGGCCGCCCUGCUAUCUUGGGCUGGCGUGUAGGGCGUUAGGGCUUGAACCUGAUGUCAAGUCGGAGCUCGGAGAAGGAUUUGCCUCUGGUCUGAGGGUGAUUUCCACGUUUCUCGACCAGCUUCUACUCGACAGGGGGGCCGGGAAGAGAUGGGAGGGCGUUGCCGGCGCAGGAAUGCUUCUGAGACUUCUCCACAGUCACCUGGUGGCCGUCGGACUCGCAGAAGCAGACUUGAGCAGCGCCGCGGCGGCCCAGCUGAUCCCCGCUGCAGUCAACGAUGGAUGCAAGUUUGGAGGUGUCAUCCAAUUAAGUGGGCCGGAAUCGGUGAAGGGUCUCAUCACCAAAUUCCACGACAAGAUGGACCCGACACUCGCAGGAGAGCCCUCCGUAUCUUAUUUCGUCAAGCCGCGCUACUCGAGCUUCCUCGGCUUCGACUUCUUCGUGUUCGUGUGCGAGAGAGGGCGCUUGACGACGAUAUACGGCUUCCAGUGCAAGGAGGGACCGACAGGCCCCGACAAAGACUCCGUCGGCCGCAUCAAGCGCAGUGUGUCUGAAGCGCUCGCAUCACUUGCGCCAAAUGGGGACGGGCCUGAUGCGGACAAAGGCGAUGCCGGCAAGCCUGUGGAGGUCUAUGUCUGUGCCAUCCGGCUGCGCGGUGAUCAGAGCCAGGACAAAGUAGUCGGCGUGCCAUCACGUGCCUCUCUGCGAGAGGUCUUCGGUGUGUCCGUCGCGCAGACGUGUCCCUUCGAAUGGGUGUCGGAGGAGGAGGAAGGGGACGACGCGGGAGGGGAAGGGACAGAGGCUUAGCAGCUUCGGUCGGACGGAAUUUUCCGUGUGCAUGAUCUAUGGCUGCAUAAUCAAUGCGUGUCGCGCACACCACGAGUUUUUCGGUUGGUUGAGAGCGCGGGACAGAGGUAUGUGUGCGGAUGUGGUCCGAUGUGUGUUUGCGG